CCUCCACGUCGCCUGGCAGCCAAGAUGGCGGCGGCGGAGGGGAGCGGUGCCGGGGGUUCGUUGUUUGCAGGUCUUGCAGAUGUGUCGAUAUCUGAAGACAUUCCGGUGGAGGGGGAGAUUACUGUUCCUGUCGGAUCUCACUCUCCUGAUGAAGACUUCUCCACACUGGAUGAGCCUGUUAGGGAUACUAUUAUGAGAGAUCUGAAGGCUGUUGGGAAGAAAUUUGUCCAUGUCAUGUAUCCAAAGAAGAGCAGUGCGCUUCUCAGAGACUGGGAUCUUUGGGGCCCUUUGGUGCUUUGUGUCUCGCUUGCGCUGAUGCUUCAGGGUGGAUCUGCAGAUAGUAAAGACGACGGAGGGCCCCAGUUUGCCGAGGUCUUUGUCAUCAUCUGGUUUGGUGCAGUUGUCAUCACACUAAACUCAAAGCUUCUCGGAGGAACUAUAUCCUUUUUUCAGAGCCUGUGCGUUCUGGGUUACUGUGUCCUGCCCCUGACAGUAGCAAUGCUGGUGUGCAGGCUGGUACUGCUGGCAGGUUCUGGGACUGUCAGCUUCAUUAUACGUCUUAUUGUAGUAGUAGCUAUGUUUGGCUGGUCAACGUUAGCAUCUACAGCUUUCUUGGCAGACAGUCAGCCUCCAAACCGCAAAGCUCUUGUUGUGUACCCCAUCUUCCUCUUCUACUUUGUUAUCAGCUGGAUGAUUCUCACCUUUACACCUCAGUGAUCUCCGAUCAGAAGAGACUGUGUAAUAUGGACUGAAGUUUUUUCAUGAACGCUGCUGCAGUUAAUCGUUGGCUUUAUCUCUUUCUAAUUUAUAUAUAUAUAGAUAUUGUAAAAAGGCAGGUUAUGGGAUAAAGCCAGAGAACUGCAAAAAUUGGUUGUUUGUGUGUCCCUCUUUUUGAAAGAUACAGAGGUCCAGCUGCUGAGGGGUUUUUUAUUUAGCCCUGCUCUUUAGUUGUGUUAAAUAAAAAAUGCCCACCGUGACAGGGAUUAUUCCGCCUGAGGAAUAGAGUGGGAGAUACUGGAAUUUCCAGAUGUUGGGUAGAUGAAGAAGUUACAGGAUCGCAUGACUUGGCAGAAUUCUUGCCUAUGCUUGGAUUCUCACUGAAGAUGAAUAUGCCUUAUGAAAUAAUACAACUUCAUUGCUGUUAUGUGUUGGGUAGGGAAGAAAUGUGUUUGACUUCAUUUUCAUUCACUUACAGAGUGGUGAAAUGUAUAUGAAGUGCAUCAUAGGACUGUGAGCUUUCACUUUGAAAUCAGAUUUCAGCAAAAAAAUUGGGUCCAUUUUGCAGUUAAUUGGAGCUGGGCGGAAGGGAACUGCCUUUGCUCAUAGUUGUGUAUUGUGUAUUUAUGUUUCAUCCCUUCAUAUGUCAAGAAAAAGUGUUUCAGCCAAAUGCCUUCAACACCCUAGUUACACUGACUAAUCCACGUAUCGCGUGACAGGGAGGGUGUUUACACUGGAUAGUUACAAAUCUUUUCAUGUGACCAGAGAUUAGGGAGUUAAAAGUCCUGGAGAAACAGUUAAGACUGGUUUGCAACAGGCACUUGUCUCUCAUUCUGCAUAUUGAGAAUGGAAAUUUGUGUGGAGAGUACCAAGUGUGUGUAUAUAUAUGUUUAAAAAGAAAUAAUUGCGUGAAGUAAGUUGAGGUUUUGAUACCCAAGAUCUUUGGGUGCUAACAUACCACACCAGGACUUAUGCUGGAAAGUUUUAAAACGGCUUGGAGGAAGGAAACUAAAUCAUAAUGAAGGUGGUGGCUGCUAUGAAGUAGGAUGUGAAUUCCAGUCUUAACUGCUUGUAUGUGACUCUUCAUUUGGUUGUUUACAUCGACAGCAUUUCAACAUAAAUGCAUAUGAAUUCGCAUAUUGUUUCUUUGUACUUAUAUGUGAGAAACUUUUCUAUAGCUUUUCUUGGUUGGUUUUUUUUUUUCCUUAAUACUUUUUGUAAAAGGGGAGGAGGUUUUCUCCUCCAGUUCCCUGUAGGUGCACUUAUGUACCUUGCCUGGAGAACUAUACGCAGGUGUACAAGUGUGCCGUUUAUAUUUCAGCAUAGGUAUUGAGACCUGGGGAAUUGCUUUUUGAAAACGGUACAGAAAUUGUUUAUCUUGUCCAUUAUUUUCAGUAAGCAAUUCAAGAGGAGAGCUUUGAAAAAUCUGGGUGUGGAAAAGCUGCUGUUUAAAAUGUCACUUUUCCUGAAAAUGAGCAUCGUAUUUCUUUUAUCCUGUAGUAACGAGGGUAGACCUGAAGUGGAUGUACGUGGGUCCUGCUGAUGUGCAAAUAUGCCUAAUUUAUAUUAUGUAUAAAAGUGCAGUUUCUGCUAUGAGCACUGUAAGUCUUUGGCAGUUGGGAUGGAAAUUUGUAGAUGUGCAGCUUAAAAUUACAAUUUUGCAUUUCUGGGGGUGUGGAGAAGAGAAGAAUCAGUUGGUCUCUGCAGGGCCCCAGCUUUGGUGCGGAACGGUUGUUACCAGCGAGCAUGUGUGAAGCUGAUGCCUGUUCUUGCCACCUUCCUUACGCUGUGGUCUGUGGCUGUUGUAAGGUGCUGCGAAAGGACCCGUAGUAUUUCAUAUACGUGGGUAUAAAAUGGAAAUAGGGAAUUUUUAAACUUCCAUUAAAUUAUUACUGGUAUGGAAAGUGAUUUUUCUUUUAAGUGCACAGUUCUCCAUGUAUUUAAACAUUAGUUUAGCUUUGUGAAACUGAAAAGAAAUAUUCAAGGGAAGUUGAUUGUAAAGCUAUUGAUGGCUACAGUGGGAUUCUCUGAACCAAAUCUUUCUUUCCUACUGCAGCACAAGAAUUUAACUGUACUUUUUGAGAAAUCCUUGGAAUUUAUCUCUGUAGUGUCUUGUGACUUAAGCUGGUACUAUAUCUGAAAGAUAAUCAGAGUAACUUUUAAUUGAUCCAGUAUCUUUUUGAAAAGAAGGAAAAUUAUUUUUAAGAGUUAAAAUCCUCCCUUUUUCUUUGCUUGUUUUUCACUUAGGUGUAAGUCUCAUCAUGGUUUGUUCUGUAACAAUGCUCUUGGCUUAUACAAGAGAGAAAAAAAUUAUUUUUAUAUUAACUAGAUUUACUUUUCAACUGGUCACCUACAUUUUUAGUCAAGAGGUGUUUUUAAUCUGGAAGAAUAGGCAGAAAUCUACUGGUUAUAUGGUGAAGGUGUAGUUGUUUUUUGACUCCUGAUAAUCCUUCCUUAGUGUGGAGACCAGCUUCUAAAACUGUAAAAAGAGUGGAUUUGUAUCACUGAAAAUGUAACUUGCCCGCAGGUUUUUAGCUGGCAGGAUGCAGGUAGGAAACUAAUUUUCUGAGUUUUCAUGCCUCCAGUUGAAUGAAGUUACCUGUCUUAUGUAUGGUGGGUUUUUCAAUCGUUGUUUCCUCUAGCAGAGAGUAGAGAACGUUAAUGUCCCUGGCCAGGAGUUCCAGUUGCUGUAGCUCAUUGCCUGAUUCACCUUGCUUCUCUCAUCUUUCCGUCAUGUGAGAUGUGCGUGAUGCCAAUUCGCUUAAAAGCACGCAGUAUAAUAGUAAAAAUAACUCAAAAAUAAUUUCCCCACCACAACGUUAUAAUCGGUUCUGGAAGAGCUUCACUAAGACUGGCUUGGCCUUUCAAGUUGAUAAUCUAUUGAAAAACGUAGCCCUUUUUAUAAGUAGAAUAUAACUGCUUAAAAAGGCAGAGAGAGCAAGUGAUGAGCACCAGUGGAAAUGAGCGUCAGAUUGAUUGAUUGAAGAUUAACUGUCUUACGUGACUUCAAAAAAAAAAUUAAGAAGCCAAUUUAAUUUGUUCCUCAGCCAAACUGAUGUUCUGUAGAGCCACCAGUUUUCCUGAAUUGGCUCUCCCCUCAGCAAACAGGUAGUUCCCAAAACAAACUAGAUGUGGGCACGUUAAAAGCAGGAUUGAAACAUUUCAGGGUUAGGCAGAUGAAAUAGAAACAAGCUUAUUUGAUAUUUACAGACUGGCUAGAGUUCAUGUUGAUGGUAUACCUUUAAAAUGAUGGUAUUGCAUGAGAGCGCUGAGUCCCUGUUCCUGGAAUGGUGCUUCACGUUGUUCAGCCAGUUGCAGACCCCAUUCCUCCAAAAAUGCACGCCGGUAAGUGAUCCUUAUAACUGCAACACAGACUUUCAAUUUGUUAUGGAAAUGUAUGUGAUAACUCAACUGUCAUGCUUUCCGAGGGGAAAAAGUUUCUUCCUCCUUGUUUAAAGCCGGCUGAGGGAAGGGUAGCAAGGAGAAAAGCAGGUAUCUUGCCUUUAAUGAAGUGUUUUAACUUUUCUCUGGAGAAUGUGGAUGAUUUUCUGAUGCACAAACCAGGCUUUCUUUCCUACUGAGAUUUUUUUUUUUAAUACUGUUUAUCAGCUGAAGUUGUUGUAUGUGUUUGAAUUUAAUUUUCAUCUAUUUAAUACCAGUGAAAAGAAUUUAUUUGUUUUAACUUUAAAAUUUAUAAAUUAAAACACGCUGAAAGGCAUGUGGGCGGUCGUACGUGUGGAUUAAAAGCACUGAGCGCGCUGUACUUCUGGUUCGCGGUGAGGAAUGGCCCGUCCCACAGGAGCUCCGUGGGCCCGGGUGCGUGAGUGGGGGACAGCACCUUUGGCUGGCAGAGCCUCUCCUAAAACCCGCAGGACUCCAAAGGGAUCCUGCCACUACUUGGACAAAGAAAGGCAUUUUAUACGGGCUGGGAGUUUGGAGUGAAUUAAAAGAAGGUGGGGCAGGAAAACAGCUGAAUUCUCUACUGCUGUGCCUAUGGAAUGCUUUUAAGCAUUUGAUUUGUGUGUCUGUGCAUCAGUGAGUUAAUAGAUGUUGGGAGGAGCGCCAGGGUGAGGUGUAAAUCCUUUUUCCCUGUGCUAGAAGACUGUUGCUGCUGUUACAGAUGCAUGUAAAUAUUUGAUGUUCUUACGUUCUAGCCAGUUGUGCUAAUGUUUUCUUGGAGCGAGGACCAGAGCAAGCGCUGGUCUGUGUGUGCUGGGCCAUUGUCCCACGCCGGGCAGUGCUGUAGGGGAUCAGGACUUCUGUGGAGGGGAAAAAAAGCCCCGAAGUUCUUGUUACAGGUCCAUGAGAGAUGCCCAAGCGCCGGUAACCCUCAGGUUCUGCAAGGACGAGACACUGAAGGGGAGGUGUGUAUUGAUAACAGCGGCGGGACAGAAGGGGGAAAACCUCCCCGAAUCCCUGCCCCGACACCGAGCGCUCUGUACCGCAGAGCAGGACACAUCAGACAAAUCUGCCAGAACCCAUCGAAGCUGAGCCAUCACAUCACUUUGCUCGUGCUUAAAUCUUGCCUGUACUCCCAUCUGGUCACAGAUUCUCCGAAGGGCAAUGGACAGCUGGGAUGGUUUACCCGUAAAUAGGUAUUUGUGCAGGCAACCCCUCUCUCGGUGCCUGCAGCUUUGGGGGAGGGAGGUCUCGGUAACCCCCUAGUGGAGACAAGUCUGCCCAAGGGAUGCUUACGGGGACUCGGUGCGCCGUGGUUAAAGUGGGAGGGGACAACAUAAGACAUGGGUGAAGAGAGAGCAGAAACUUGGUAGGAGGGUGGCCUAAUAAACGAAUAGCAAUUAAAAACCAUCCCGACCAAUACUGGAAUUUGAGGCGAUCACCUGAAGUACGUCCGGGCUCUUGCACUGCGCUGUGCGGUGACAGUGGGGACGCUCCUGUAGCAGCCUGGCAUCUUGGCUGAGGAGCCUUGGCUUGGGGGUGGUGGCAGCAGGGACAUGGCUAACCGUGUUCCCGGGCCAUUGUUGUUGGGCUGGAGAAAGCCAAAAUGUCCUAGCGGUCACAAGAGGGCGGCACGACCUUGCAGUCCCUUAGAGCUUGACUUUUUCUCUCUUGUUUUUUAUUUCUCCUCUUGGCUUUUUUUGCUCCAUCGGAGGAGAUUUAGGAUGUGGCAGUCUGUUCUUUGUGUUCUCUGUUUAGCAAGGACAGCUGCUUGCAGGGAGCCUCAGGGAGGUGAGUUACAAGCUUCCAACCUCAGCCAUCAUCGACGUGGGAAGAGACUUGUACUGUUGUGCCUGACCUGCUAUGGGUCUGCCUUUUCUGAAAUAUUUAUGCAAUUUUGAGCAAGAUGGUUUCUUUCAUUCAACGAGGGGCAUUUUUUUAAAAGCCUAAUUACUAUG